UAGAGGGCUCCAUUCCUAUAUCUUUUGGUGGAUUAGUAAGCUUGGAGUUGUUAGAUCUUGCUGGUAACAACUUAUCUGGAGAGAUACCCAAGUCCUUAGAAGUUCUAUAGUACCUCAAAUAUCUAAAUGUCUCCUACAAUAAACUACGAGGAGAAAUUCCAACACAAGGACCAUUUGUUAACUUCUUAGCUGAAUCAUUCAUGUCAAAUGAUGCACUUUGUGGUGUGAUUAGACUGAAUGUUCCUCUAUGCGAAGAAGUUUCUCUUGGAACAAGAAAGGCAAUGGGGGUACGUAUAGUAAAAUAUGUACUGCCCACAUUGGGGUUAACAAUACUUAUAGUAUCCGUUGUACUAGUCUCAAGAAAACUCCAUGGGAAGAAGAAUUCAAAACUUUCCAACAACAAAGACUCAAUGCCUUUAUCAACAUGGAGAAGAAUUUCCCACCAACAACUUUUACAAGCAGCAGAAGAGUUCAGUGUAAACAACUUACUUGGAGAGGGGAGUUUCAGCUCAGUUUAUAAAGGGACACUCUUAGAUGGUACAUAUGUUGCAAUAAAAGUUCUAUACUUGGAACUAGAAGGUGCAUUCAAAAGUUUUGACAUAGAAUGCGAAAUAUUACGACACGUUCGUCAUCAAAAUCUUGUCAAAAUCAUUAGUGUUUGUAGUAACAUUGACUUCAAAGCACUUGUUUUGGAAUACAUGUCUAAAGGGAACCUAGAAAUGUGGUUGUAUUCUAACACCCAUUGCUUGAAUAUGCUACAAAGUCUAAGUAUAAUGAUUGAUGUCGCAACGGCACUUGAAUACCUUCAUCUUGGUUAUUCAACACCUAUUGUUUAUUGUGAUUUGAAGCCGAGCAAUGUCUUAUUAGAUGAAGAUAUGGUUGGACAUGUUGCUGAUUUUGGCAUCGCCAAACUCCUAAGUGAUGGAACUUCUCUCUCGCAAACAAUGACCAUGGCUACAAUUGGGUAUAUGGCACCAGAGUAUGGAUAUGAAGGAAUUGUUUCUACAAGAGGUGAUGUGUAUAGUUAUGAAAUCUUAUUGAUGGAAACUUUCACAAGAAAGAAGCCCAUUGAUGAUAUGUUUACUGGCGAAAUGAGCUUAAAGCUUUUAGUAGAGGAAUCAUUUUCGCUUUCGAUACUUGAAGUUAUUGAUUCCAAUUUGUUGAGCAAUGAAAAUGAUUAUGCUGCUAUGGAGAUCUGCUUAUCAGCAACUAUGGGCUUGGCUUUGCAUUGUUGUACAGAUUUGCCUGAACAGAGGAUCGAUAUAAAAAAUGUUUUAGCCAGACUUAACAAGAUCAAAUUAAAGUACCUACAUGAUCAGCAAUCGGGCUAGUGAAGCAGAGUUUAUUACCAAGCUACAGUUUAAUCUACAAUCGACAUGCUCCCAACAUUGCAGGAGAGAAGCAAGGGGUUGACAUGAAUCUCGGUAAUCCUGGUUUUGGCAGCUUGAGCAAGUCUUCUUUCUAGAUUUCACACUCUCUUGUGACUCUAGGGUGCCUUGAGGGAUGUGGAAUUGCCCCAUUUUAGAGUUGUGUAUAUAGUAGUGACAAAACUAGAGAUGAUCUCUCUUUGGGGUCGAGACUUCUAUUCUAAUAAUAAGUUUUUGAAUAUGAUGGAUAUUGACUUGUAUAACAA